AUGAUGGCCGAUUUAGCUGCUACUCUAUACUCCCGGACAGAACUGCUUCACAGCACGUCCAGCUCUGUCUAUUGGCUAGUUAUCUUAGACUACUUCCAAAUCAAGAGUUUCUGGGUUUUAUUAUGCGGAUUGUCUAUAAUUCACUAUAUAAUCACAAUUUCAUCUACUCCUGUUUUUGGUCAGGUUUUAUGUGCUGCCUCAGUUACUCUUUUCUUCUUGAAAGCUAGAAAAGAAAAGACGUUCCAGGCAAAUAAAAUAGACACAGAAACGCCGCAGCUAGUGAUUAAUGGGCUGAGAUACAUUGUGUGCAGUUUAGUUUGCAUUUCCAUAUUUGCAUGUGAUUUUUCUAUAUACCCACUGCACAAGUACAAGAGCAAGUACUUUGGAAUAUCAUUAAUGGACUUUGGUGUUGUGGCUUUUAUGGUCAAUGCAGGGAUUCUUUCCUCUCUUUCCCACAGGUUUAGGCUGAAAAAAUCGCUUUAUAUGAUUUGUAUGGGGUUAGUUCGACUAUGUGUUAUUCUUUCAGGGUAUCACGCAGACCCAACUGAGUACGGCCUGCAUCUUAACUUCUACUUCGUGUAUCUUCUCUCAGAGAAUGUCAGUCUAAUAUUCAAGCAUGUAAAUCCAAUGAUAGCUAGUGGUUUAAUACUUGCACUGCAUGAAAUGGCCAUUUCAAGAAAGUCUGUAGUUGAGUAUGUAUUUUUUGGCGCAAGAGACAACCUUCUCAGUGCAAAUAAAGAAGGACUUAUUUCCAUCAUGCCGUACACUGCAGUUUUGCUUCUAGGGAAGGGUGUAGGGAAUAUCUUACUGAAGAAGAACCAAACGAAUCUAAGCAAGCUUUUAAAGCUAGUGGCGGUCUACACUUCGCUGCAUAUAAUCCAUUUGUUGUUCAUUCCAGUGUUAGAGCCAUCAAGAAGGCUCUGCUCCAUUUCUUUUAUUUCUUUCUGCUGUGCUGCAAUUGUAUUUCCCAUGUGUUUGUUAUACGGCCUGGCAUGUGUCUACACAGUAAGCAGUAUUGAGUUUAUUUCUGGACUGAGCCGGCUGAUGAAUCCGUUGUUUUUACUGUCUAAUCUAUACGUGCUAAUUGGCAACCUCAUAUUUGACUGGCAAAAGUAUUCGCGCAUGCAAUCUCAUAUGUGCAACAUUGUUUAUCUAUUUUUAACCUUUGGUCUUCCUGUAUAUCUGUAUAAAAAGCACACAACAUUGGUUGAAAAGAAGAAGGUAAAAUAA